UGCCGGAAGUGACGUCAGAUCCGGCGGUGUGUGGCGGAGCGGGGCGGGCCGGGCCGAACGCGGACCGGGCGGAGCGGAGCGGGGCCGGUGGGUCCGGUGGGGUCCAGGCGGGUCACGGCGGAGCGGCGGCUCCUCUGCGCACCGCAGUUGCAGGUUUGGGAUCGGAGUGGCAGCCAUGAAGGACCCGAGUCGCAGCAGUACCAGCCCCAGCAUCAUCAGCGAGGAUGUGAUCAUCAACGGGCACUCCCACGAGGAUGACAACCCCUUUGCUGAGUACAUGUGGAUGGAGAACGAAGAGGAGUUUAACAGGCAGAUCGAAGAGGAGUUGUGGGAAGAAGAAUUUAUCGAGCGCUGUUUCCAAGAGAUGCUGGAAGAGGAGGAGGAGCAUGAGUGGUUUAUUCCAGCCCGUGAUCUCCCACAAACUAUGGAUCAAAUCCAGGACCAGUUCAAUGACCUUGUUAUCAGUGACAGCUCAUCACUGGAGGAUCUGGUGGUCAAGAGUAAUCUGAAUCCAAACGCAAAGGAGUUCGUCCCUGGGGUGAAGUACUUAAACAUUUGAGUAGACUGGGCCCUCUUUUGGUGGAUGUAGCACAAUUUCCACACUGUGAAGCCAGUAUUAGAAGAUUUAAUUGUAAAAGCUCUCUCUUCUUGUCACUGUGUUACACUUAUGCAUUGCCAAAGUUUUGUUAGUCUUGCAUGCUCAAUAAAAGUGCUGAGACUGUUAUUAAGUAAAUCUGUCAAAAGUUUAAUGGAAACAUAAUUGGGCCCUGGCUCUGUUCGAAGGAGGCAGUGAGGUAAGAAGCACCAGUCAAGUUGAGACAAAGUACCACGUUAAUAAAACCUGCAGACUCUGACUUUUUAAACAGGA